UAGAGACAUGACGCUCACAGAACAGACUUUGUAACUCGCACCUGUUGUCUCUUUAGUCUGACACCGUCGGGGGCUGCGUGGUAACAUGGCUCAGAUCCUGCGAAUGCAAGGCCUGGACGCGAAGGCGGGCACUGAAGACAUCCGGACUUUCUUCGGGGGAGAGCGCAUCCCCGACGGAGGGGUGUUCGUGGUCGGGGGGAGUCUCCGGGAGGCUUUCGUCGCCUUCAGCAGCGACGGAGAUGCACAACUCGCCAUGCGGAGAACCGGCUGUUCCCUCAAAGGGUCUAAAGUGAGCCUGCACACAAGCAGCAUGGACGAGCUGGAGGACAGACUGCAGCCACUGUUAAAGGGGAAGAAGUCCUCUCGACUGAGUGUUAGGAAACCUCAGCCACAUUCCCAUGACAACGUCGCAGGGUUAAAUGCAAGGCCUCGUGAUGACAAUCCUGCAAACCUCUCAUCUUCUCCGGCGUGGCCACAAGAUCCGGACACGGCGAAUCUCCCUCAGUCUAACCCGCAGCACGGUUCCCCCCCUGAUACUGGGAACUUGCAACAUCUGGAUUCCAGUUCUGCGUUCCUGCUGGGCAUCUGCACCGUCCUGCAGGGUCUCAGCUCAACCAAAGCUGAUGUUCCCAAGGCCGAGAGUGCAGCUGCCUUAUCUGAGGUGAUAACAGAACAAACCACAGAGUCAAGGCCAGGAUAUGCCAGGCUCUUUGGUCUGCCAGCCUCAACUACGAAAGAAGACAUCAGCCGCCUUUUCAAAGGGCUGUCAGUGCAGGAAGUUAUUGUAAAUGUCAAGUUAGGAGUUAAUUAUGGCUGCCUUGUGAAGUUUUCAAAAAAGGAAGAUGCACUCAAUGCUCUUAGCUUCAAUCAGCAGCCCCUGGGCUCAGGCCGCGUAGAGGUGCGUGCAGCUGAUGAGAAAAUGUGGAUCGGUAGUCUCCAGGAAUGUGAAGAUGCAUUCGAUGUUGGAGUGAGACUGAAAGAUAAGCAGCAUGCUCUAAAGGAAGUUGCAAACCACAGAAGCGAGUUCAAGAGGCGACCCGUCAAUCAGUUUUCAUCCAAACCACCCAAAAGUCUAAAAACCAGUGAUGACUCAAAUACCUUGUUACCACCCACUACGGAGUAUGUUGUCGCAGUCAGCAAUCUACCAAAAUCUAUAACCAAGACUGAAAUAAAAGAAUUGUUUGGGUGUCCAAAAGUUCCACAUACAAAUGUACUCCAUCUGCUCGACAGACACGGCAAAACGACAGACACGUCUUUUCUGAUUUUCAAUUGCACCGAGGACUUUGAGUAUGCAAUGAACCUUUCUGGCUGCCACGUGGGGUCUGGGGCCAUUGUAGUCUCAUCAAUCACCAGGGAGAUCAUGAGAGAAAUGAUGGACAAAACAAAUCCCAAACAGCCAAGGACUAGUCUGAGAGACCCAAGAAAACAACGCGAGAGACAAGCUGGGCCAGGAGAGACGUCACAGAUACUACCAAGUAGGAACAUGGACCAGGAAACUCAGACGUGCUUGUUUGUAAGAAACAUUCCUGCAGAUGUUAAGAAAAGUCAAAUUAGGGGCUUGUUCUCUAAUUACAAGGUGGAGAUGGGUGAUAUUAUUUUACUAAAGAACAGUGACGGGAAUGGCACCGGCGAGGCUGUGGUCAAGUUUGAAUCAGAAAAGCUUGCUGCUCUGGCCCAUAGGAUGCAUGGUAAAUACUUCCUGGGAGCAAAAGUGAUUCUUACUCCCAUUAACAUGAAGCAGAUGGAUGAUAUUUUGGCAAAUGUCUGAGGAAGGUUAACCCCAAUUUGUAAGAACAGAUAACUCCCUCUUUUAAAUUUUACUUUUUGGUUGUAGUAAUGGUUCAGAAUCAGAGUUUAAGAUGAGCAUACGAGUCCGUUACAUUGUUGGAGAAGGAUGUUCUUGACUGUCAAUGGUUUACAUGCUGCAUAAACUUAGGGCCAGCAAAUCAGCCUCAACUAUUGAAUAGAGAUGUUUCAUAGCGCCAGUCCUAAUUUUUUUUUUUUGACAGCUCAAACUGACUGGACAAAAGAAGGUAAUGUGCUGUACAUCUGAAUUAUGUGGGAGCAAUCUUGUUCAUGUAUUACACGACCUGAAGGACACGUUUUAAAAAGAAAACACUUUUAUUGCUGUUGACUUCAAAAUUGAAUGGAUUUCACUGUUCACAUGUUUUUCACAAGUUUUAUUUGGCCUGGGAAAUAAAAAACAAAGAAACAAAAAACAAAACAAAAUCAACAAUAACCUGUUAAACAUGUCUGGACACAAAAAACUACCUGGUAGCAACACAGGAGAACUAUGCAUUAACAUCCCCUCCACCAGACACCUGGACAAAUAUGAAUGCUCUGUAUGUGGGACACAGAUGGUGCGAUAAGGAGAAAGUUGAUCUUGAUCAUCAUUUGUAAAACCUCUGUGGACCGUCAGAGUACCUGGGUGGACCUGCGGAUGAAGAAAAAUGUAUAUAUGUAUGUGAAAGCAGACAAAAAAAACACAACCUAACUCCAUACUACUUAUAUUUACAAUAAAUUUUUUCCUUCCUGAAUUACAAAAAAAAAAGUUUUUUUUAAAUUACACUUUAUGCAUUAAAUUGAUUUUUUUUCUAAUUUGCCUUCCUUUUUUUUUUAAAAAUAUAUUUUUAUCCCCCGAUUUUUCCCCUUUUUUUUUUUUUUCUUCUUCAUCACCCAGUGCUCCUAAGUAACAGUCCUGGGCAUUGCUCCCCUCUACAAACCCCGGGAGGGCCCUGCACAGAGCUCAGGUCUCCUCCUUAACCUGAGGAAUGAGCAGGAGGGAGGAGGGAGCUUUUCACCAGACAGGGUGAGGAUUCUCUGGCCGGACGUAGCGCGUGGAAGGAUCACGUUAUUCCGGCCGGAUCCUCCCCAUCUGGCGCCCCGGUUGGCCAGAGGGGGCAUGUAUAGCCCAGGACUGCUGCAUGUUUUUGUGAGAGUAGCUCACAUUAGCUACCCAAGGGAACACGGGGAGAACAUGCAAACUCCACACAGAAAGAUCCUUUCGCCAACCCCACCCAGGGUGUGGGUGCUGAAGUCAUGGGGGGACUAAUACGCACUUCAGCGCCCACAGCGUCCCCCUGGCGGGAAUCGAACCCAGUACCUUCUUGCUGUGAGACGGCUGCACUACCAGCUGCGACACCGUGCCCCCCAAAUUUGCCUUCCUUUGAUUCACAUAUUCAUUAUUCCCAACAUUGAAUUUCACUUCUUUUUUACCUUUUUGUGAAAGACUGUUUAGAAAAGUUCAUAAAGUUUAUUAUAGACUGUCAUAAAUAAAUACAAUUUUAAGUUUGACAAGAGUGCUUUUAUACCUGAGAGACUCUGGAAUCUGUCACUGCUGUUUCCCAGUCUUAGGUCUGGAGAAGGAAAAUUUGGGGAACUCAUUGGCAAACUGUUGAGACUUGGUCCCUUUGGAUGAAAAGUAAAUAAAUAUUAGACAUGAUAAUCUGAACUCGCUCAAAAUGUUGUUAUCUGACAAAUCAGAUAGCCAUGUUUUUUCUUUUAAAAAUAUUUCUUAACAUUUCAUUUUCCAAACAUCUAAUGAUUUUGUCUCAAGCAAGAUUUACUUGUAGUAGAAUAAAUUGAACAAGCUCCGUACCUUUGACAC